AUGACCGAUUCCAAAUCUGCCGACUUUCCGCAGCGCGAUCCACGCGUAGCAAGGCCCAACCGGACCUCGGUGGGUUCAGCCGAGGUCUGGUUCCAGCGCAAGACACCAGAAGCCUGGGCAUGGAGGCAACUGAAAGAGUUGCGGGGUGAAGAAAUUCGCAACUUGCAAGUGAAGGCAGAGGAGGAACGGCCGGGCGGGCGCCGCAAGACAACUGCAGCGCAAGCAGCAGUGAACAGGGGGCGAAAAGUAGGAGAAAUAGCAAGGUCCAGUGCACAAGUGGAGGGGCAACCUCACACAGGGAAUGGCGAAGCGUCCGACGUAGAGGAUUGCCGAACCAUCGUCGACCAAGCUAUGAUGUAUCUUGAUGGCCUCGGAUCAGAAGAGUGCACUCUGUACAACGUCGGCGAGCAUGGAUCCGCAAGUACGGUCUACCUGGCUAGUACUUGGAAUCACAAUUCCGCUAAGCCCAAACCUCUCGGGCGCCCUAGCAAAGUGCGCGCGUUGCUUGAGAUGGUGCAUCGGGACACCAUGGGAAACUUGAGCUGCACCUGCGACCGGGGCCGGUUGUACUCUCAGGCGCCGUGCGUGCACAAGCUUGCGCUACAGGCGUUGGAGCUGCCAGGGCUAGCCAGCGCCAAAUCGCUGCAAAAGGGGUCAAGAGUGGUGGAGAUAGCAUGCGACAGGACCGGGGAGCGGGUUUUUGGGGUGUACUGGAACGCUGGUUCGCCCUCACCUCAGCGGACCAUGGUCCACUAUGGAGAGGGGCCGCAGAUGGGCUGGUAUUGUGAGGGGAGGAAGAGCGGAUGCAGCAAGACGGCUGACUGUUCGCACAUCCAAAGGGUGAAGCGAGCUUUGAGCGAAUCGAGCGGUGUGGAAAAGCUCAGCAGGAGUUCGUUUUCAGAGGAGCAGCUCGAGCUCGCAAAAACGUCUUUGAAGGACGGUCUAGGGGAUAGCCGGGGCGGUGACUGCGUGGCGCAGAGCGGGCAGUGUGCGCCAGACGCCGACGUGGACGGGUACCUUGCGGAGCUGGUCGUUGGCAGUCAUGAGAGGGCCGCAUGCGAAGGGCCAAGUUGCUUCUGCAAGCAGCAUCCGAGGGUGUUCGGCGGCGCUGAUGUGGACGAGGAACCCUGUGCAGCGAGGUGCUGCGCGUCUGCUCAAACGAACGGAAAGCGAGCUCGAUCGGAGCAAGGAGAAAGCUCCAGUGGCGUUGGGGAAGCGAGCGCGAGAUCGGGCAAACGGAGAACCAAAUCAUUUUGGACGGCAAAAGGCACAGAGAUGGGGGGGUCGAACGCUGCAACGGGCAGCGUGGAGGAGGCUGAUUUAGAAACAGCCGAGGAGAGGGGGCGGGGAACGGAGAGCGCCCCCCAGGUCGAUGAUCGGAACGCGUUCUCGAUUCCGGUGUGUAGCCUCUGCGUGUGCCCCUCGAACGUGUGCACGCAUGGUGCCUCACGCGGUGCUGCGACGGUGUUGCCCAUGGAAGCUGAGGGCGUGCAGCUGGAAGUGCCCAAGCUCGUUCGGCCGACGGACUCCUGGCAGGUCCACGACCCCGAGGUGUCGCUGCUGCGAAGGCCCGUUCGAGUCAGCGAGCUCACGGCCCGGGAUUUCGAGGAGCUGAGCACUGCGGAGAGUCUCUCCGCCCCGUGCCCUCGAGCACCACCUCCUUGCCGCACCAGAUGGUUGGGAUUGUGGCAGAGUGCCCACGUAUACGACUUGUAUUGGUCGCAAGAGAAGUCAGGAGCUGCUUUCAGCUCGCUCGUCGCAGCAGGAAAUGAUGUGCGGCGCCAAUACAACCCCGAUGCGACGCUCUUGUCGGAGGAGUGUUGGCGUAAGGCGAGCCUUGGCUUCUUCAAGCUGUGCGGGCGGCAGAUCAUGGAGUGCUGCAGCCUCUGCGGACCACAUCCUCAGGUCCUUCUGUGCGACGGCAUCGCGGGGCUUGCUUGCGCUGACGGCACGCGUCAGAAGGAUGGGCUCGCUGGAACAGAUGCCGCCUUGCUUCGGCCCUUCACGGCGCCUAGUCGGGGCUCUGAUGGAGUCAACGUGCGAAAAGGAAUGGAGGCCGGAAGCAAUUACCUGGCGGCGUCUCUUGCGGGAGGGGGCCUGAAAAAGCGUCUCCUGCAUCAACCCGAGCUCCGGACGCUUCUAGCGCGGUUCAGCGGACACCAUGCUGCUGACCCGGAGCUGGGGAAGGCGCUAAGUACACGAGAGUACGAGGAGCUCCUGGUCGCGCUUGCCAGGGACGAUGUGCAAGUCGUCACAGACUUUGUCCAGGAUCCAGAUGAUGCCGAUGCAGAUCCGGUGCUCUUGCACUGGCGCCGACAGAUCCCGGCUCAUCAGGUCGGCCAGAUCCGAUCGAAGAACAAAGCGGUGCUCGAGCUGCUCGUCGGCAUCAAGGGAGAGGCGAGGCAAGACGACCCCGGCCAAUGGCCCCCCCGCUGCCCUCACAGAUGGGCGGAAGUGCUCUACACCCUUGGCGCGCCGUUCUCGGUCUCGGACGACUCAAAUCUCAUCCAGCAUGGAAAGGCCUUGGGGGUGGUCCGUAAGCUGCUCCUCGGAGGAGCCGCGAACGACGACGACAGGGUCGUGCUGUCCGAGCAUUCCCCAAUCCUGCGCCGGCUGCUAGAUCACUACGGCGACCGCUUCCACCGUUUUUUCCAUCCCGCGCUACAUCACCUGUACCGGUUGACGCUAUUUGCGCGGGGAGCGAUGGGGCUCGGGGUUAGGCGGGCGGGGUGGGCGUUGUCGGCCAUCGAAGGCCUCGAUGUCUGCGUCUGGCUGGAGCGGGAGCCAAAACCCCUGAGCUUCGAACAGCAGCAAGCCUUCGAA